GUUACACUCGCAGAGAGCGAGCGUGGAAGGAAGGGCGUCCCGAUCACACCAGCUUUCCGCCUGUCGAGCUAACCGACCAUUUUUCGCUGGUAUUACAGAUUAACCUGUCGAAUUUGGUUCGGGCAGUGAGGAGACCGCCCGGGUGAUCAGAUUUUCACGGUGAACACCAACAGAUCUGUCACACUCGCAUAGAGCGAGCGAGCGAGCGAGGAAGAAGAAGGAAGGAAGGGCGCGGCUAGCACACCAGCUUCAGCCUGACGAGCUAACCGUCGCUUUUUCGCGGGUAUGAAGAUCGAUUUUCUCUCAGUCCUGUAUUGAGAUUAAAGACAUGGGGGAACAGGUUGGUGUUUGGCUCCGGGCGGCGGUGCUGGCGACCGUGCUGAUCUCUGUUUUAGCCGAAGAUAAAUACUUCGCUGUUGGUGGUAAACUGGAGCUGAGGCCUCAACCAUCAGCAGCCAUCACCAACAUCCUGUGGAAACACAACAACAAUCUGCUGGCAGAGUGGGUGCAGGGACAAAUUGAGCUGACAUACUACAGUACGUUUAAAGACCGCACAACCCUGAACACAACCACUGGACGAUUGGAAAUCAAGAACAUGGGAGAAGCUGACGCGGGGCUGUACUUAGUGGAAAUCAACAGCCAUGUCCAGAGUCCGAGCUAUGAUGUUAAAGUGAUCAAAGAAGUGCCCAAGCCUGAGGUGGUGUUGCGACCAGUGUCCUGUAAUGGGGAUUCACUAAACUGCACGCUGUCCUGUGUUGGAGACACUGGAGGGGCCGAACCUGUGACCUACAGCUGGAAGGAGGGAGCCGGAGACUGGAAGGAGUCGGGACAGGACCUGAAAAUCACCAAGACUCAGACAGAUGUUGAAACAUUUUCCUGCAAGAUUAAGAACCCGGUCAGCGAGAAAGGAAGUGAACCCGAAAAGAAUCCAUUCUUCCUAAAGAACAAGACGAACGGCCCUGGACCUGCAGUUUGGUUGGUUGUCCCCGCCGUCUUGGGCCUUUGUUUUAUUGUAGGUCUAGCAUUUUGGAAGAGGGACAAGAUCAUGGAAGAGAUCUCGAAACGUCGAGGUGGAAACAAUCCUUCAACUAAACCUGAACCUGUAAAACCUGAUGAAUCUUUGAACAUGAUGGAAGAAGGAACGACUGCAGACAAGAAUUCUACAAACGAACAAAAUGAUGCAUGAAGUCGUGGAGCUCUCUUCUCAUGGGGAAUUUGCCACUCAUAGUGCGUUUGACCCAAUCUGGGGGGAAAAAACAAUGCUUGUGUGUCUUUAUUAGCAUCAUGGACUGUUACUUUGCAGGAGGAAGAAAACUCCCAAACCCCCCCCCCCCAAAAAAAAACCCAAUAGAACAGAGGGAUGGCAUCAAGAUUUUUUUUAUUUUAUUGUGUUAAAACUGUGUGUAGCUUAUGAGGAUAUGAUUAUGACAAUAAGUAUGAGAGAGGGUAUACAUGUCCUUAAGUGUCCAUUUAGCCACACUUCCAGUUCACGUAUUAACACAAAUCCCAAAGAAUGUACUAACAAUUGAAGCCCAGAUCUAAAAGAACUGUUAAGUUUUUGUUUCUGCUAUUCCUUGAUGAACUGAAUGUAAGACGUGUCUUAUCCAUCUGUCUGAUCUAUCUAUCUGAACCUGGAUCCAGCGACUCUCAAGUGUUGCUAAAUUGAAUGAAGUACCCUUAAAUUAAAAAAAAAAAAAAUCGAAGAAUAGACUAGAAGAAAUCCAAACAUCAUUUUAAGGGAUGCUGCCAAUGUGUGUGUUUGUUUUAAUCCUGGAUCCAUUAAUUGGCUGUACAUUGCAUUAUACAUCUUAUCACUGCAUGUUCAGUGCUAAUGGCAAGCGAUGUUUCAGCAUUUUGACAAUGUGUAUAUGUAAUUAACUUAAAAUAAUGUGACUUAAUCUGCUCCAAGCUAUUGGACAAUCAUUCUUUUUUUUAAUUAUAUGGUUUUUGUUGCUGUUCAUUUAGGCCUGACUUCUUUUUUUUUUUUUUUU